AUGAACACAGGACCCGCGCGAAAUUCAUGGUACGACAGACUUCAGUUAAUUCGACCAUUUGCUAUGGAGUGGCUUCGAAACGCUUGGGGAAAUGUUGACGACUUUGGCCGCCAUGUUUAUGACGUCAUACAACGCGUACGAUAUGUUUUUGUUCCAUACAACAAGUUGAGCAAUCUACAACAAGGUGAUUCAGCCGGAAGUGGAGUGGGGAAAGAUGUUAGUAAUUAUAGUUCAAUGGAAAGACCUGCGGCAGCUAUAUUGCCCACAGAAAGCGAGAAUGCGUCGACGACAGAAAAUGUUUGA